CGCAAGGCUGGGGGGCAUCCUCCUCAGGGCGGUAGAGAGGGCUUGCAGCAGUUUACCCUGGCGCAGCCCUCGCCCAGCCGGUGCCUGGGAAGUUUCAACCCCGGAGGUCACCAGUAUUUACGCGCGGGCGCCUGGCGUGGGGUGCGUGAGGAGCGGGCAGCGUACUGCCUCGGCCUGUCGGGUCCCUGCAAACGCCGAUGAGUUUCUGCCGGAGACACUUGCUCGCUUCUCACCUGGGCUCCCUGGGUCUUUCUUACCUUUGAAACUUCAGCAAACGUUUUUGUUUUGAACAGAUUCUCCACCUAUUUUACACAAAACGAAGGCUAGAUUUUCAGUGGGACAAACAUUUGCAAAUAAGCCAAACAUCAGGGAGCCCUAAAUGAAAAAGAAAUUAUAAAAUAGGAAAAAAAAUGAAAACCGAAAGAAAUAAACAAAAACCAGGAAAUGCCUCGUUCCACAAACAAAGAAAUGAUACUUGGCAUCAUGGUGGGAACUACUGGAAUCAGCUUGCUGCUUCUGUGGUACCACAAGGUUCGUAAACCAAGGACAGCAAUGGAUUUACCUAAAUUUCUUUCUCUGGGUAAUUCACUUGAUUUGAUGCCUUUGCAAGAUGAAAUGCCUAAUGGCCAAGGAACAGCAGCGAUCUUUCAAGGAAGGCAACUUCAGAUAUUGGAGAAGUUAAAUGAAUUACUGACAAAUAUGGAAGAACUCAAAGAGGAAAUCAGAGUUCUUAAAGAAGCCAUUCCAAAGCUGGAGGAAUAUAUCCAAGGCGAACUUGGAGGGAAGAUAACUGUUCACAAGAUAAGUCCUCAGCACAGAGCUAGAAAAAGAAGGCUUGUCACAGUUCAAAGUUCAGCAACAAGUAAUAGUUCAGAGGAAGCGGAAAGUGAAGGAGGGUAUAUUACAGCUAAUACUGAUACCGAAGAACAGAGUUUUCCACUCCCUAAGGCGUUUAACACUCAUGUAGAGGAAUUAAAUUUAGAUGCCCUUAUUCAGAGGGCUGAUAAUUUACGUAUGAAUGAGUCCAGGAAAAUGGAGAGUUUUGAACUACUUUGUGACCACAAAGAAAAGUUUAGGGAUGAAAUAGAGUUUAUUUGGCGGUUUGCUCGUGCUUAUGGAGACAUGUAUGAGCUAUCUACAAAUGCACAAGAAAAGAAGCAUUAUGCUAAUAUUGGAAAGACAUUAGGUGAAAAAGCUAUUACUAGAGCACCCAUGAAUGGACAUUGCCAUCUAUGGUAUGCGGUUUUGUGUGGCUAUGUAUCUGAGUUUGAGGGCUUACAAAACAAAAUUAACUAUGGAUAUCGCUUCAAGGAGCAUCUAGAUAAAGCAAUCGAAUUUUUACCUGAAGAACCCUUUUUGUAUUACCUCAAGGGAAGAUACUGUUACACUGUCUCAAAACUGAGCUGGAUUGAGAAAAAAAUGGCUGCUACUCUGUUUGGAAAAAUACCAUCUGCAACUGUACAAGAAGCUUUGCAAAAUUUCCUUAAGGUCGAAGAACUACACCCUGGGUUUUCUAAGUCCAAUUACAUGUUCUUGGCCAAGUGUUAUAUUGAUCUUGAACAAACAGAUACUGCUGUGAAGUUCUGUAAUAUGGCAGUGUUGCUUCCUUGUGUUACCAAAGAGAGUUAUCUACUCAGGAAGACUUCUGGCAGUGGCCCUGACAGGAAGUCCCACUGUGCUGAAGCAGUGGGUCUUUAUGAGGACUGGUUCCUUCCCGCCCUUUGACUGGUCUGCCCAUAGGUGUGUCACCUCCCACCCUGCCUCUGCCAGAAAGGGGAUCUUUCAGUCAGGACACUCUACUUGUGCCAGGUGUGAUCCAGAGAGGCUGGACGCAGACCACACUGACUCAUGCUCCAUUCCUGCCUCUGUCAUCCUGCGGUGCCUACGUGAUGGGGAGUUGGGGGCCUGGGGGAACCCAGCAUAUUGCUGCUUCACUACAACUGUCUUACACAGUGGAGGACAUUCAGAGGGCUACAAAGAUCAAAGGUUUUCAGAGGAGAACUAAAGCCUUCUAAUGACUGAGCCUCUGUUAACCGGUCUUCUAUCAACCCGUAAGACAAUCAGUAUUCAUAAUGAUGAUCCUUAAAGCCUUCAAGAUCCAGAAGUGCCUUCUGCAUUAAAAAGGAAAGAAGAGUUCAUCAU